AUGAAUGGGGAUAUUUCAGAAGAAGCAUCAGGAUAUGAUUUGUAUGCAGCAUUAGUCCUGUCCAACAUGUUGGAUACUGAACAAGACCUCAUUGAAAAGAAGGAAAAGGAGCUGGAGCUGGAGCAGCAGCAGCAGCAGCAAGACCAAGAGGACUCUCCUACAUCCUCGCUGGAAGAGACGAAUCAUGAUGUUAUAUGGGUGCCCGCUGAUAAACACCCAGAGAUUGCUCCCAAUGAAUUUGCCAACUUUAUCAAAACGCAUGGCGCAAACACACCCACCCGAAGAGCCUCCAGCUUACAUCGACGAAAAUCCAUCUUAUCCCAGUCGCUCACCUCCAGCAGUAGUGCUAGAUACAGCCAUGAUGAGGAUGAGGAUGAAGAGGCUGAACUCAACCGUACGCUGUCCGAGAAGAAGCGCAUAUUCUUGCAAAAAGUCAUGACCGAAAAUAAGCAAUUAAAAGACACAAAUUUUAAUACGCAAGUAUUUGACCGCAAUUCGACUUCAAAUGAUGACUCUCGUAUUAUCGCUCCCAGAUCAGAUAGAUCGCUGCUUCGUCGAUCCGCCUUCUCUGCUCGUGGUAGAAACAGAAAAACACAUGGCUCAUUGGACAAUAGAGAGCAGGCAAUGAAAAGACGCUCUGUCUCUCAACGAAAACCCUCGUCGGCUACUGUAUCCACCUUGAAUGAUGAAGUGGCAUCAUUGACAUCACAGAGCACAGCCCGUUCCUGGGACAAAUCUGAGGGUAUCAGCUUGUUUGAUCAACCGGUGAAUAUGAGUGAAUGGAUCGAUUUGGGCAGUGCAAGUCUUGAGUCAGACGAUUCUCAGAGGGGCAUACUGACUCGUGUGCAUGAUGCGGAGUCGCAACUUCGGUCUCAAUUGGAUGUUGCUAGUAACGACAAGAUGGAUGAAAACGAACAUUUGCAACACCAACAACAGUUCGAGGAGACCAAAGAGGAAAAUGUUGCCAAAGAUACUGAAUCGCCGCCAAUGGCCCAGUUAUUACCAGCAAAAGAGAUAGAUCACAGUGCAGUGGAAACACAGACUACUGAUGCCAACGUUGAUUUGGAAGACACACAGUCGAGUAAUGCAAAAUCAUCAUUAACACCCCCAGCGACUAGUACUGCACCAAAGCAUAGGCUAGAAACUCCAAAGCGACCAGGCAUCAUUCGAUCAGAGACAGAAACAAACAGAAUCCCAAUGACAGUGGCAGCGACAAAACCCGAGAAACGCUCAUCGUGGCUAGGUGGAUUAUUCAACGAUAAAAAGAACAGCAAAAGCAAUGGUAAAAAAGAGCCUAUAUCUACUACAGUGAUCAACAACAAUACUUCAUCACCACUUUCAGGACUAGCCUCUCUAUUCAGUCGAUCGCUAUCCAUGAAGUCAAACUUGCAAUCCAAUACCAAUUCUUCGCAAUCGCACGCUGGAAAACUCAAAUCGAAAAACAAGAUCAACAAUACCACUAAUCCAACUCUACCUUAUAAUACUAUUAAUGCAAAACACCCUAAUCUUAAUAAUAACGUCACUACUACUAUUAACGAUACGACUAAACCCUCUAUUACUACUAAUAUUACUACAACACCUACCAUCAUUACAAACAACAACAGCAACAAAAAGAAACGAUCCAGCAGGCUGGAAAUUCCACCCCCUUCCGAACGUACCUUUUUCAAUUCAAAUCGACUACCCUUACACGUUGAAAGAGCUAUCUAUCGUCUAUCGCACAUGAAGCUCGCUGACCCUCGCCGACCCCUACAGCAACAAGUGUUGAUUUCUAAUCUAAUGUUUUGGUACCUCUCUAUUCAACAGAAUGAUUUUCAACGUGCUGCUGAACAACGCAUCGAAACCGAAUCUCCUCCAGUGCCUGACACACAACAGAAGAAGGGAGGUAAAAUGAGUCGAUUGAUUCAUUCUGCCAAAAAACGACGAAAUGAAGUAGCUCAAUUUGUUCAGGCCUAUCCACUGUCGGGAACACACCAUGAUAUCUCCAAUUCGUCAUCAUCAGCAUCUUCCAUUUCGAGCACAACGUCAAAUAAUAGCACAAGACCCUCCUUGAAGCACAGCAAUGUGCAGUUCAGUUUACCGCCAAUACCAAGUCAUCAUCAUACAAUCAAUGUACAUGGUGAUGAUAGCGAUGAUGAAGACGAUACGGAAGAAGAAGACGAUUUACCCCUUAGCCAUUACAAGAGCUGA